AUGUCAGCCGCAGCGAAGCAGCGUCUCCAAGCCCUAAGCAAACAGCUUGUUGAAGGAAUUCCUUCUGAGGGCACCUUUGAAGACAUUCCCAAGAUCCGCCAUGUAGCCGCGGACUCUGCAGGACCUCGAACAAAGGACAAGGUGGUGAUUAUCACCGGUGCCAAUUCUCCUAAUGGAAUUGGCCGAGCUACUGCACACCAGUAUGCCAAUAAUGGCGCAAAGGCAGUGUACAUUUGCGACUUCGCCGACAACCACCUAGAAACUCACAAGCGAGAGAUGAAGUCCCUCUAUCCCAAUGUGGAUGUCCAUGUGCGCUCAUUUGAUGCAGCCGAUGAAAAGGCCGUUACUGCUGUUAUUGAUGAAGCAGUCAGUCAGUAUGGUCGGCUUGACAUCUUUUUUGCGAACGCAGGCAUCGUUGGUCAACCCAAGGUAUUCACCGAGGUUGGUGGUGAUGAAUUCCUAGAGACAAUGCGUGUGAAUGCUCUCGGUGUAUUCCUAGCAACAAAGCACGCCGCCCCUGCAAUGAAAAUUACCUCUGCAUCGAAACCUUACUCGGGCGGCUCGAUUAUCGGUACUGCCUCGGUAGCAGGACUACGCUCCAAUGCUGGAUCGACAGAUUACUCUGCCUCCAAGGCGGCGGUGGUAUCUAUUGCGCAAACAGUUUCAUACCAGCUUGCAGGAACAGGGAUCCGGAUCAAUGCAAUCUGCCCCGGUCUCAUUGAGACAGGGAUGACGCAGACGGUGUUCGACAAGGCCCGCGAGCGUGGCACGGAGCGCAAGGUCGGACAAUUGAAUCCCUUGCAGCGGGGCGCGGUUGCUGAUGAGGUGGCGCGCGUUGCCUUGUUCCUCGGAAGUGAUGAGAGCAGCUAUGUCAAUGGACAGGCUUGGGCCGUCUGUGGUGGAUUGAGUGCUGGACACCCGUUCGUCCCAGGGAAACUUGCAUAG